AUGACUGUCGAUCAAGGAUCAAAGAUUCCUCAUCCCCUACGACCGCUCUCACCUGAUGAGCUAUCAAAGGCUCGAGAUGUUGCAUUUAAAGCACAUGCAGGAGAUGGGAUUGCUUUAUUUUUUCGUUCUGCCAUAGUCGACGAGCCUAAGAAAACGGAUCUGACUGAGUUCCUCAUUGCGGAACAUGAAGGUCGGAUACCCGAGACCAUCCCGCCGAGGCAGGUUAGGCUAUUAUAUGAUGUCAUAAAUAAUGGAAAAGCUCAACUCACGGAGACUGUCGUUGACGUCGACGCCGGCGCCAUUCACAGCAGCAAGGAGUUUGAAUCACGAUAUCAGACCAGUUAUACAGCUCAUGAAUUUGGCCAAUUCCAAGAUGCUUGUAUGUCCUCGGAGAUGUUCAAGUCAGCCAUGGAAGAAUUCAUCCUACCAGAAAACUUCGUCGUCACCAUAGAUCCGUGGCCGUACGGCGGCCCAGACCCGGAGGAAGAAAUCCCUCGCUACAUGCAAGGUCUUGUGUACGCCCGCGAUGCUUCCAAGAAUAAUAUUGAUUCCAAUCAUUACUCCUAUCCCUUACCUAUAAUCCCUAUCAUGGAUAUAGCCACCAAGAAGUUAAUAAGAGUGGAUCGUCUCGCCACCGGAGGAAUCGGGGACAGUCUGUAUCCACCCCCUCCGGGAGGUGAGCCAAAGAAGCUGUUCGAGAACUGCGGCCCUGCAGAAUACUUUCCAGAGCUGCUGGACCAGCCGUUCCGCACUGAUCUAAAGCCUAUCAACGUUACCCAGCCGGAAGGUGCUUCUUUCAAAGUCCACUCCGAUAAUCUUGUUGAGUGGCAAAAGUGGCGUUUCCGCGUUGGCUUCACGGCCCGUGAGGGCGCUGUACUGCACGAUGUGUGCUAUGAUAACCGACCCAUAAUAUACCGUCUAUCUUUCUCCGAGAUGACUGUCCCGUACGGUGACCCGCGCCCACCUUUUCAACGCAAGCAAGCCUUUGACUUUGGGGACGGCGGAAUAGGACGCGCGGCCAACAACCUGAAACUAGGAUGCGACUGUUGGAAACACACAAACUUCCGGACAAAUCGUGCAGUGGUGACACGCCUACGUGAGUUGGUCGUGCAAUUUGUCGCCACGUUAGCAAACUACGAGUAUGUGUUUGCGUACAAGUUAGAUACAGCGGGUGGUAUCACGAUCGAAACACGGGCCACGGGUAUCGUAAGCGUCGUACCUAUAGAUGAGGGUAAGGUAUCGGGAUAUGGCAAUGUUGUCAACCCAGGGGUGAUGGCACAAAAUCACCAGCACAUCUUCGCGGUACGUAUCGAUCCGGCUAUCGACUCGUACGUUACCGGCGACACAGCUGUAAUUCUUGAAGAAAGCCAUCCCAUACCAAUGAAUCCGGAGACAAAUCCUCAUGGUAACGGAUACGAGAUUCGACGAAAGCGCGUCGAGCGUGCCGGAUUUGCAGAUGCUGAGCCCCUCCUAAAUCGAGUCGUGCGCCUAGAGCACUCAACUAAAAAGAAUAGUAUCAGCGGCAAAAAUGUUGGCUAUAAGUUAGUUCCCAGCGCUACACAGCUCAUGCUUGCAGACGAUAAGAGUGUCCAAGCCGCAAGGGCGCCUUUCGCAAAACACCACCUUUGGUUCACCGGAUAUAGAGAUGGUGAACUAUGGGCCGCGGGAGAGUUCACAAAUCAGGCGCCACGGGAGGAGGGUGGCGUGAAGACGAUGGUCGAGCGAGGGGAUUGGUUUGUUGACGAUGGCAGCAUUGAUAAUGCAAAUGGAGUGGUGGAUGGGGAAGCCCAUGACGAUGAUACGGCCGACGGAGGAAAAAGGAAAGAAGAGUAG